AUGCAAUUCGCCCCAGAGGAGUCAAAGUCAGGUUGGCUAACGAAACUCGGUGGCAACGCUCUGAGAAAGACUUGGAAACGUCGUUGGUUCGAGUUGAGAGGUAACCUACUACGCUAUUAUAGACAACAGUCCGACAAAGAACCUUCCGGUGUCAUCAACCUCGCCUCUUACAAUUCAAUAUGCCAGGACUCUUCGGCGACGAAGAAGUCACCGAACUGCAUACGAAUCGAAAAGGUCGCACGCGAAUCGGAUUCCAUUCGCUCAACCGCAAGUUAUCGUGAAUCCUCGUUGAAGAAACAACCCGCGUUUCUGGCAUUCGCCGACACCGAGGCAGAAAUGCAAGAGUGGAUAAUCGCGCUGGAGAAACAUCUGGGUGGAAGGAAUAUCGCCGACAUCGUUCUCGACAGGUUAGACCUGAGUGGAAACAUUGGGGUGCAUCGUAGACAAGCUAGCUACGGUUCAUUGAGCUCUUUCUAUUCAAAGAAUAGUAACGUCUGUUCAACGUCAGAUUCUGCCCUGUCUUCAAGACGACCGUCGUUAGAUUCACUCAGCUUGGGGACACCUUCCUUGGAUUCAAGGAAAAGUUCGAUCGACUCAUUUCACUGCAACCCCACACCACCAAAUGGUGGCAACAACGGUGGCAUCAUUGCAACGCGCAACUUCUCCCAGCCGCCGUCUCGUCCCGAGACGCCGUCAAAUUUGGUGGCACUGUUCGGACUGGGUCAACCAAUCUUGCGUAAGCCAGCCUCCUCAUCGGUUUUGCACGACCGACGGGGGAAUGCCGAUGAUGUUGACGGAAACGUCGCCCAGCCAACUUCACAACAACAAGGUCACGUUCGCAAAUUAUCGCUGAACAUUAGCAAGGAUCGGUCGGCGGCCCCACUGAUCAUGGUGAACGGAGAGAAUUCAAGAUUCUCCGCAUCACCUGACGCCGUUCACUUUCCCACUCACAAUGGAAUCAGAACGUCGACCAGCAGUGGAAGCAUGCAUAGCGCGUUCAACAAUUCGCACAGUCCCUUCAACAGCUCAUUCACGAGUAGCGCGUUGAAUGGUACCAAAAAGAAGGAUAGUAAUAAUAGCAUUAGCAUCAGUAGUAGCGCCUCAUCGACUCCGUUGAUGAACGCGGUGACACCCAAGUCGCCCGUGACACCUUUGGCCAAUGUCUUCCCGAGUCACCUGUCUUAA